AUGGAUAACGCGCUUUUAAACAAUGGGGCCUCAUGGGCAUCCCAAAACACCACACCUCCAACAGCAGGAACAGGCGUAAUGGGCCUAUUCUCUCUCAAAGGCAAAACUGCGAUUAUUUCCGGGGCGGCGGCCGGAAUCGGUCUCGUUGUUGCCCAGGCAUACGCAGAGGCUGGUGCCGGUGUUGCUUUGUGGUAUAACAGCAACAAAUCUGCCCAUGAUCGCGCUGCUGAGAUUGAAAAACAAUAUGGUGUGAAAGCCAGAGCAUAUCAGGUCAACGUCACGCAGCCACAGGAAAUUGAAAAUAAUAUCCGGACUGUUCUUCAAGAGUUUAAUGGCCGCCUUGAUAUAUUUGUCGCUAAUUCUGGAAUCCCCUGGACACAGGGUUCCAUCACUGAUGGCCAGAUAGAUCACUAUCGCUCCGUUAUGAGCACUGACUUGGACGGAGUAUAUUAUGCAGCACGAGCCGUGGCGCCGAUUUGGCGACGGCAGAAAAAGGAGGGAACUGAUAUCAACGGUAAAAAGUUAGAAAAUUUUACAUAUGGAAGUUUUGUGGCAACAGCAUCAAUGAGUGGGCACGUUGUCAAUAUACCACAGCUACAGGCGGCGUAUAAUACAGCAAAAGCCGGAGUCAUCCAUCUUUGCAAAUCUCUCGCGUUGGAAUGGAUCCAAUUCGCCAGGGUGAACAGCGUUUCGCCAGGGUACAUUGCCACCGAAUUAUCCAGAUUUCUUUCUGAAGAGACAUUAUCCAUGUUGCAGGGAAAGAUCCCCAUGGGCCGUGAGGGCCAGGCUCAUGAACUAGCUGGUGCAUAUCUUUAUUUGGCUUCCGAUGCUUCAAGCUACACCACUGGAACAGAUAUCAUAAUUGACGGCGGAUACACAUGUCAGUAA